AAUAAUGGUAUAGUUCUUGUUCCGUUUCAGAGUGGAGCUUCUUUACGUGACCACCCCCACCCACCUUUCAUCCCCCUUAUCGCACACACACAUUCACCUUUCACCAAUCACCACCACCGAUGUUUUCUUCAUCAAAAGUUGAAAAACAGAGCCCCAGACGUAAUUUGAUUUCUCACUCCAACGGCCGGCGGAGACACGGCGGUGGUGGGAGCAGGAGGGGGAGCAAUCAAAAUCACCCCACACCGCCACCACCGCAACAGCCACAGCCGGAGAUCAACGCUAAUAGAUACGUGUUCGCCGCUGCCACACCUUACCCUGCUCAAUACCCUAACCCUAACCCUAAUACUCCUCAACCUCAUCCUCCAUAUUACCAAUACCCAUCUGGACCAUACUACCCACCACCACCGCCUCCCGCAGCAGCCUUGCCUCCACCAUACGAUCACCACCACCGCGGUCCUAUGGACCCUGCAGCGCAGGCGUGGGUCGGCGGGAGGUAUCCCUGUGGGCCUGUGAUGAACACUCCUACACCUUAUGUCGAUCAUCAAAAAGCUGUAACCAUAAGAAACGACGUUAAUCUCAAGAAAGAAACAUUGAAGAUCGAGCCCGAUCAAGAAAACCCUGGAAAAUUUCUUGUUGUUUUCACGUAUGAUGCCACUGUCGCUGGCAGCAUUACCCUUUAUUUCUUCGCAAAAGAGGGAGAAGACUGUAACAUGAGUCCAACAAAAGAAGACCUUCUUCCACCAAUCACAGUGGCCUUCCAACAAGGUUUAGGCCAGAAAUUCCGACAGGAAUCAGGGACUGGAAUUGACCUUUCAUUAUUCGAAGAGGCAGAAUUACUAAAAGUUAGCGAAACAGGGGUAUACCCUCUAGCAAUUAAAGCAGAAGCAAAUCCGAUUCCAUCUAUAUCUGAAAACGGGAAUUCUACGAAUCCUGGAACUACCAAUUCCCAAAUUACUCAAGCAGUGUUUGAGAAGGAGAAAGGUGAGUAUCAGAUUAAGGUCACAAAACAGAUCCUGUGGGUGAAUGGAAUGAGAUAUGAAUUACAGGAGAUCUACGGAAUCGGCAAUUCCGUUGAUGGUGCUGAUUUCGAUGGGAAUGAUCCCGGAAAAGAAUGUGUCAUCUGUUUAUCAGAACCUCGGGACACUACAGUCCUUCCAUGCCGCCACAUGUGUAUGUGCAGUGGAUGUGCAAAAGUUUUGAGGUUUCAGACGAACAGGUGUCCGAUAUGUAGGCAGCCUGUGGAGAGGCUUUUGGAGAUAAAGGUGAGUAAUGGAGGUGAAGAUUGAUAAUCAACCAUAAAACCAUAAAA